GGGCUUCUCAGCGGAGGCGCCGGGCAAGGGGGGUCCGCCCCCAGUGCCUCCUGCGGCGCGCCUCGCCUCGCCGGCCGCCCCGGAGCUGCCGUCUCCCCGCCCAUGUGAGCCAAAGCAAAGCCGCGCUUUAAAAGGGCCGCCCUGCCCUGCCCUGCCCGCCCGCCCGCCACACCGCCGUCGCUCGCCUUUCCUGCGGCUGCUCCAGGCGCGAUCCCGACACUCGCCAUGGCGGAGGCUUUCGCCGGCGUCUGGAACCUGGUGGAGAGCUCCAAUUUCGAUGACUACAUGAAGGCCAUCGGUGUGGGAUUUGCCACAAGACAGAUAGCGAACCUGACCAAACCCACCACAAUUAUUGAAGUCGACGGUGACAAGGUAACUAUCAAGACCCAGAGCACCUUCAAGAGCACAGAGGUCACCUGCAAGCUGGGAGAAGAAUUUGAUGAGACAACUGCGGACGACAGGCAUGUCAAGUCCGUUGUGACAUUAGAUGGAGAAAAACUCACCCACGUGCAGAAAUGGGACGGAAAGGAGACAUCGCUAGUUCGGGAACUGAAGGAUGGAAAACUAAUUUUGACUCUGACCAUGGGCAAUGUCGUCUGCACUCGAACUUACGUCAAAGCGGAAUGAGAGCUUCUGACCACCGGUCGUUCAAUGCCAACUUCGUUGCCAAAUUGCCUGCAGGCGUGGGUUUGUUUUUUUUUUGUCCAGUGUUUUGUAUAGUUAUUGAACUUUGGAAACCCGUUCAGUAUCUGACUCUCCUCACGACUACCUGUCCAACUGAUCUGGAGGUUCUUCUUGCUUUGUAAAAAAAAUAUUUAACACUGGGGGGAGAAACGUAGUGUGGAAAAUAAUAAAUGGAAGUUGUUACGCAACGGCA